CAUAACACGAUGAAGGUAAAUCAUCAAGGGAAAUUAAGAUUAAUUUUCGAAGGAUCCAAGAAUGAAAUUCAAUUUUAACCAAAAAUCCUUGUCAAGUAACUUAUAACUCUCUCUUGACUCUCUUUUUUUCAAUCAUCUUUCCCUUCGCCAUCGAAUUACAAUUUUGUUUCAAUCAAUAUUUUAUCAACAACAAUUUAACGUUAAUGUGUCAGUUACGGACAAUAUAAUCAUAUUCAGUCAAAAACCCCAGCUUAAUCACGUAAACAGAUAUUUCAAUCUUUCGUUAUGAUUUGUGGUUAUUUAAAUCAUAUGUGAAUUUUGUGCUUCAAUAAUAACUGGCUUAUUUUUUCAUUGUUCAACCAUGUUUUCAAUUGUAUUAGUUUGUUCAUUGAUUGUUAAUAUACUUUCAGUCAAUGGUGAAGAUGGAAAUAAAUUGUUGGAGUCAAAUAAUGAACAAUAUCUUCAAUCUUGGUCAAUGUUUGAAUCUUUUUCUCACAACUGGGUUACCAAUUUAGCCAAUGAGUUUGAAAAGCCAUUCCAACAUGUUUUAAUGUCUACUAAUGUGUCCGUCAAAUGUUCAUCUUCAUUGACCAAUUAUGUUGAGGAUUUAAAACAAUUUAAAACUGAAGCUUUACAGCGAUUGGAUUCAACUGGAACUCGACCUGUUGCUUUAAUGAGUGGAACAUUCUUCUCUUAUGGUUCAUAUGAGCAAUGUUAUCAAAUGGUUACAAGUCAAUAUUGUCUUCUUUCAAUGAGCCUUGGCUUACCAAAGCGACGAAAAUAUGAAGGUUUCACCAGAAAAUUAGACAGCGAAAGAUUUAAUUUCUCUACGGAACCUUUCAAAUUCCAUGUUGCCGAUUAUUUACACUUCCAUCACUUAGUAAAUUACACUUAUGGUGUGUGUUUACCUCGAGGAUGUUCAUCCAUUGAAAUAGAGUCUAUUGCAUCUCAACUCUCGAAACAAUACAAAACUGGAUUGCAAGUAAAAGUUCAACACUGCGAUGCCAAAAAGGUGCCGCUUGAUUUACCAAUUCACGUUUACGUUGGAGGCUUCAUUGUUAUAACGGUAAUCGUUCUCAAUCUUUUGGGCACUUUAACCAAUAUGCCAUCUUUACAAGAUUUUAAUAUGGCAACCAAUUAUGCUAAACUUGUCUCCAAACCCAGUGAAAGUGAAUCAUCUUCGUCUUUAACUUGUCUUCAUGGUAUCAAAGCUAUUUCAAUGUUAAUGAUAGUUGUUUCACAUGCACUUUUGGGAACGAUCGAUGAAAAUACAGCUCGCUUUUAUCAGUCAAUAACAAUUUUACCUAGUCUUGGAUUCAUUCCCGCAUAUUUUUUCCCUCUGGCAGUUGAUACCUUUUUUAUGGUAACUGGGCUAAGCAUGUCUCUUUUCAUACAGAAACGCAAAAAAGUAACCAUGCUUAUGGUUCUUCUUGGACGUUAUCUCAGAUUUCUUCCUUCACUUAUCUGGGCUUUAUCCUGGGCUUAUUUAUUGCUGAAUGAUUGGAUAAAAAAUGAACUUGGUGGACCUAAUUGGUAUCAUCCAAAAUCAUCCAAUAUGGAUAAAUGUGUCAACAAUUGGCUUCCAAAUCUACUCUUGAUUCAAAUUUGGUUUGAUUGGAAACCAGAUCUUUCUGGAUCACAUGGGUGUUUAGUAACUGAUUGGUAUCUCUCGGUAGAUUUAAUUUGCACCAUAUUUUUAACAAUUGUUUGGAUUCCGAUUUCGCGUGGUCGUAAAUGCCAGGCUUUAUUCUGCACUUGGCUUCUAAUUGUUUUCGGGAUAUUUUUCUCAGGAAUUAGCCUUUAUAUUUUUGAUUUAAGGCACUUCUGGAGGAUAAGCGAUUUCAUCAAUGAAGAUACUGUUCUGUACAAUUUCCGAUUCCAUUUAAAACCAGUUGCUCAUUUGGCUCCGUACUUUAUUGGUGUUCUUCUUGGUUUCUGUUUGAAUGGACAAGGAAAGAAAAUGACACGAUUUAAAGUGAACUGUGGUUGGUGUUUAUGGUUUGGCGGUUGGGCUGUCCAUCUUUUCUUCUUCAACUAUACCAAUUACGAAUCUCAAAUAUUUUGGUGGGCCUCUUUUGUUUAUGGAAGCAUUUCUAAAAGCUUAUGGAGUUCAAUGAUUGCUUGGUUAAUUUAUACAAUUAAAGAGGGACACGCUUAUAAGAUAAUAGAUCAAAUAUUGUGUGCUAGAAUCCUCUUGAUUGCUUCACGAAUAAGUUUGUCAAUUCUUUGUUUGAAUUUAAUUUUCGUCAGACUUAGAAACGCAAUUGCUACAGUUCCAAUGGAAACAUCUGUAUUCAAAUUUAUGUAUCUCGAUCAAUUUCCAUACUUUUUCCUUAUUUAUUUGUUUUCAUUUGUGUCGAGGAUAUUAGUAGAAAGUCCUUUUUCCAAUUUAGUAACCAAACUGUUUGCCGGUGGAGUAAAACCCAAAACCGAAAAUAAAAACAAUGAACAAACAAUUGAAGUCGUGGAGUCAAGAAUACCAACAUACGAUGUUCAACAAGCAGAAAACUCAACACAAAGAUCAGAAGUUUAAAAUAUUUUGUACUAAUAAAACACUGAAACGUAUAAUUAAUAUAAUAAAAAUUAUUUUACUUAAUCAA